CUCAAAAGAGUGAUAAUUAUGAAACAACAUAUACAUAUGCACAUAUUUCAACUUUAAAAAUAUCAGGGCGGUGUUAAAUUUAUUGCAGCUACGCCUAAACAAUAACACGCAUUUAGUUGUGUAGAAAAAAAAACGAUAAAUUUUGAUAAUAUUCAAUACUGCUCUGACAGCAACCAGUGACAAAGUGCCUUAAGAGCUUUCGAAGAAGAAUAGUCAACAAGUGAUUUUCCCUACAAACAAAUUAGUUAUUGAAAUUAGAUAAGGUGAAAAUAAUCUGCAAUCAACACAGCGAAAAAGUGCCACUUCUCUCAAAAUACUCAGCAACACACCCAUGCAAUUUAGCUGAACUCCUCACCACACGCCCAUCCAGUGAACACUGCCGCUACUAAUAGCUAAAGUAAAAAUAAUAGAAAACAAAAACUCCAACAUACAUACUGUCGCUUCAUAAUGAGCAGCCAACCGGCCAGCCAGCCCGACAGCAUCGACUUAGCCUAUGACAUGUGGGCUGGCCAAUUCGAAUUUGUCGGACCCGCCACGAAUACGAACAGUAGUAACACCAGCAGCAGCAACAGCAACAGCACCACCAGCAGUACAAUAACACUAAACAACGGCAACAACAACAGCAACGUACGUUUCGGCAGCGAUAGAAAUGCCAAUCAUAAAGGCUCCACAGACAGUUUAGAAGAUUUGAAUCUCAAUUUCGAUACCACACCCACACAAUCGACACUGAAUAGUAGCGCCUAUUCGUUGGGUUGUAAUCAAUAUCAAUAUAAUUUUGGCAAACAACCGAUAUUGAUUGAUCAAGAACAAUUUUUGAGUCUAAAUCCUGCCGAUUUUGAGGAUAUUGUGCCAUCGGGUCCGAAUUCAUUGGUGUUUAUUGAAAAUAAAUUGAGUGACGAUAAUAGUGAAAGUGAACAGAUUAAUAACAACAAUAGCAAUAAUAAUAAUAAUAACAAUAAUAAAUUAGUGAAUUUGGAAUCAUUAACGAGCAAAUUUAAUUCGAAUAAAACGAAUAAUACAAACACGAACGGUUUUAAGUUGGAAAAUUUGAAAAAUUUCAAAAAUAAAUUACUCUGUGAUUUCGAGGAUAAAGCGUCAAUGAUGAACGGUAAUUCCGGUGUUGUGAGUGUUGGUAUUGGUAUUAACGAUAGUGGUGCGGUGGAUGUUGGUGAUAUGCAAACACAUCGCUGCUGCAACAACAAAAUGAAUGGCUUGAGUGCUGAAAUCUGCGAUAAUCUGAACGAACAACUGGAACUGCUGCAGCGUCAAGUCACCGACUUGGCCGACACACAGAAUAUCGCCGAGGAUCGCACGACGCGCACAAAGACGGAAUAUGCUGUGCUACAGACACGCUAUCACAUGCUCGAGGAGCAAUACAGGGAGUCCGAGCUACGCGCUGAAGAACGUCUGGCCGAAGAACAGAAACGCUAUCGCGAACUACUGGCACGCGUUGAACGUGAAGCGGCACUCCAAAAUGAAAAUUGCCAAAUAAAAAUCAAAACUAUUGAACUAGAAGCCAAUACAUUGCGCGAAGAGGCGCAACGUCUGCGUGUACUGUGCGACAAACAAGCCAACGAUCUGCAUCGCACAGAAGAAAAAUAUGAAUUGGCGCGCGAUCAAAUUGUCGCUCUGCAACAGGAUCUCGAUGAGGCGACGCAACGUGAACGCAGAUACGAAGGAGAAAAGAAGGCGGCCGAAGAGCUGAUGUUGGAAUUGAGUAAAGAAUUGGAACGGUUGCGCGCUGAAACGGGUCCAGCGCUACCGACCACCUCACCGGAGACAAUAAGACUGGAGGAACUGCAUCAGGAGUUGGAAGAGAUGCGGCAAAAGAAUAAAGCUUUGGAAGAGCAAAAUGAGGAGCUGCAAGCGCAAGUGCUCACACGUGGCGUUGAGGAGGGACGCAAUCUGCUUAACGGCACGCUUAACAGUUUGGCGCAAGAGCUGGAGGAAAUGUCACAAGCACAGGAUUCUGUGGAUUCAGCCACAUUAGCAUCCCUAAGUCAGUUGCAGCAAGCCUUUCAAGAGAAGGAAGAUGAGAAUACCCGCCUAAAACAUUAUAUCGAUACGAUACUAUUGAACAUCGUAGAGAAUUAUCCGCAGCUGUUGGAAGUGAAGCCAGUGGCGAAAUAGAGCGUUGAACAGCAGCAAAAAAAGGAGAGAAAUGGCAGUUGGCUAUGAAACGGAGAGCGAACAAGGAAAAGGAAGCCAACAAAAGAGCAAUUGAUGCGAGAAGAAGGAGCGCCAAUGCAUUUGAGGAACAGCAGCAAAGGGGGCAAAAAUUAUAAUUGGAAUUUGCAGUUUAAUGCUAAAGGAAAUACCGUUACAAAGACAUCGGCGACUGGUUGCAAACAAAUAAGCCGCUAUGAACUACAUGCGAGCCACUAUCGCAUUUCAUAUGAACAGCAAGAUGUGCCACCGAAGUCCUAUCGAACUCGAGUUUUCCUGAGGGACUUCAAACAAAUCUGUGUAGUUCCCGGUGGUACAGAGCUGUAUUGGCAUUGGUGUUCCUAAGUGGCUGAGCAGUUUUUCCUUAUACAGCGCGCAGACAAUCCCAUGGCUGACUUAUAUUUUUCUUGUUUUUAAUUUUUGGUUUAAUUACAAUAUUACCGGAGUCACCGGAAACUGAUGAAGAACAAAUUUUGUAAAAAUAAAUAUAAUAAUUUUAAAAAUUAUACAUGCAUACAUACAUAGGUAUGUAUGUGUGUAGUUGCAUGCGCGCAUAGAUUAAAAUAUGUAGACUACACUAACAAUAGCUAAGUAUGAAAAAGAUAAUGAACUACUAAAAUAAUUAAUAAUAUAAUUAAUUAUAUAGACUUAAAUAAUAUUAAAAAAAUAAAAUAAUAUAAUUAAAUAAAAUAAUCUUAAAAUGUAACCCAUUUAUACCAUACCAGCUACGAGUAUUUAUAAGCAAACACAAGCAAAAAAUAUGCCAACAUACACACAUACAAAAUAAUUGAGAAAAAAGUCCACUAAUAAUCGUAAUUCUGUAUUAAAAUAAGUUUUAAGCAAUUUUAAUGUUAAAAUCCUUUGCUAUUAGUUGUACGUGUAAUCAAAAAUUGUGUAUAAAUAUUUGUUUUAAAUUUUUGUAUAAAUUGGCAACACUAAUUGUGAACAGAAAUUUACAUAAAUGUUAAACAAAAUUGUUGAAUAUCGAUUGGUAGAUUUUUUAUGCAAUAAAAAUAAAAGAAAUAUUUAAGCGUGAAAAAGAGGAAUGCUUAAGGGGUGAGCCUGGUUUAUGAGGUCUAAAAAUUGCAUCUCUUUGCGAUUAUUUUGUUUAAGGAAAAAAUUAAUUUAGCACUGCAAAGUUUUUUCUAUCUUUUAAUGAACAUUUAAAAAGUAUAAAAAAUUUUUGUACUGGUUAAAAUAAGUUGAAAAAAAUGUUUAACAUAGAAAUUAGUAGAGCGCUGCAACGCUGGAGUUUCCAACUGGCGUACAAGAUACAGCUCUUAAAUUAUCUAAAGCGAAAAAUUCAAAUGGAUUUCUAAUUAUCAUGAUUUUUUAUUCUAGAUGAACUAAGAAAACUGAGAGAGAUUCCAAAAUUUCAACUUUUUGGAGGUUUUAAAGAAAAAAAAAAGCCUUUCUAUAAAAAAAAAAUUCUCUUCAACUUGGUUUUUUUAUCUAUUUUGUUAGUUCAAAUAGAAGAGAAUUUAAUACUGAAGGGAACAAACUAUGAUUCAUUUCAAAAGGUUCAUUAGUUUUUUUUCAUUCAUGUACGCCAAUUCAAGGAAAUCAUAAAAAUCAAAAAUUCGAGAAAAGAAGAUAAAGUUUGUACUAUACUCGUAGCUGUCCGGUCACAGCGUAACUACCUAACGCUCGCCUACCUUUGGCUUUGUAUCUACGGAAAUAUUGAGAAUUAGGCUCCGUAACUUUGUGUGAAUGUUUUGAAAUAUGUAUAUUAGGAAUCGCUUAAAACGAAAAAACAAAUUGAUUUUUUUGACCUUAUAAACCAAGCUCCCCCCUUAACACUGGCAAGUGUUAUAAAUGGUAUUUGUAGGAUCGCAUGAUAUAUGGAGGAAUGAAAUUAUUAGUACGCAGAUAAUAUCCCAAUGGGGCUCACCUACCGGUUCCUGCUUGCAUUCGCUCUUUUACCUAAUUUAUUGAAAGCGUAGCGAGUUGCUGGCUCAGAUAGGCAAUCAUGCUGGACACGAAAUGUAUGGGGUCCCGGUGGUCUAGAGCUCGAAAAUUCAGGGUAUUUUCAGGAUUAUUUUUUAGAAUAUAAAAAAUAAAACAACGAUAUUAAACUUUUUUUUAACUUCUUUUAUUUAACUUCUUUUACACAUAGAAAUGAAAAACAAAAUUGUUUUUAAUUUUAAUAAUUUGAAAAAUAGCGCUGAAGUUGCCCUCCCGAAAAAUUGGGCCUGGACGAUGUAGUCCAUUUUGGCUCUUCUAUUUAUCUGAAACACAAAAAACAAAAAAAAAAAAAUAAUCAAUCAGUAUGACUGUAGGUAUGCCCC